UUAAAGAGAGUUCUUUAAAGUUUUUUUAUUUGUGUGUGAAGCAACAAUGGAGGAGAAGAAACUGAAUUUAGAUGCACCAUUCCUAUCCGUGAGGCGAAUUCCAACUAAACCAGAGAUAUCAAGCGAAUCAGAGAACACCAAGAAGACAACGACGACGAGAAGGAGAAAAGUCAAAGAUUCGUGUAAAGAAACAGAGCAUGAAACUCUGGUUCGGUUAUUACAAGAUGACCAGAGCUUCGAUCAUGUAAUGGAACCAUCUCUAGUUCCAUUUCUGUGGGAACAAAUACCUGGAAAGCCAAAGGAUCAUCAUACACUAAUCGAAGAAUCAGACCUAAUCAAAGCUUUGGAAAUGGUUUCUUCAACCGCAAGCUUCUCUGUUAAUUGUAGUAUUGAUGGAGUAAGUGAUGAGUUGGAGAAGAAUGAUGACAGAUCGAGCAAUGUAUCAAGAGAUGAUGUCAUUCUUGAAUAUCGUGAUCUCAUCAUGUCGAGAUUUUUACCAGCCGCGCAAGCAAUUGCCUUGAAACAGAAGAAAGAAUCUUCUCUAGACCAAGAAGAGAUAAGGAAGAAGAAGAAGAAACGGAGCAUUACUUUACAGAGAGUCUCCAUGGCCAUAAAUCAAGGUUUAAACAAUGAUGAAUAUGAUCAUAAUCAUGUUGAUGGUGUUAACAAAACAGAUUACUCAGAUGAUUCCAAGACAGGUAUGUUUGGGUUCUUGCCACGUUUCUGUUCCAAGAGCUCAUUGGAUGUACUUAACCCGGUUCUUUCUCGGGUCAAGACUUGUCAGAAUCUUGCGGUAAAACCGGGUAAAAUCAUAAACCCGAAAUCUCAAGAUUCUUUUUAUAAAACCAAAUCAGCAUCACCAAGAAUCUUGAGAUCGAACAAGAUUGUGAGUCAGUCUCAAGAAUUCUUUCCAAUACCAAGAUUUUCAACAGAGCUUUCCAAAACUUCUAAAUCGAAAUCCGGGGAAAUUAUUCGAAUCCAGAGAAAUACUUCGAGGUUGCAAAGAACAUCGAGCGAUCAGAUUCAGAGACAAGACACGAGGUUUCUUGUGGAGGAAGUAAAGAGAAUGAGGAACAGAAAAAACAGGUCAGAGAAUCUCUCUGUUUCUCAACCUCCUUUGCCUAAAACUCCUUCAGAGUCGUGGCUUUGCCGGACACUUCCCAGAAGCUCGGCUCUCCUCGUUGUCUCCGUCGUCAUCUCCGGUCAAACCCGCUGGUUCAAGAAGAUGGAGCAAAAGAGUAAUUCUCAGUCUUUAAAAUGGGAGACCAUUGUUAAAACAUCGUAUAAACACCAUGACCAUGCACGCUACUCAGAGGAGCUUCAUCCCUCUCACCAGCACAAACCAUAAACCGGAAUCUUCCUUCACCUAGAUCGAGAUUCCUUUUUCCGGUACAGUAAAAUUAAAUGCUAUUUUAUUUAAUUCUCCGAUUUGUUAAGUACGAUUGUGUUUAAAAUUUGUU